AUGCGUCUAGCGAUAAUCGGCGGAAACGGAUUCCUGGGCUCAGCGAUAACGAAAGCCGCGGUCGGGCGCGGUUGGCAAGUGAGCAGCGUGAGCCAAUCUGGGCGGCCAUAUGCGUCACCGUCAGGCCACGCGCCGAAAUGGACGAGCAGGGUAGAGUGGCACCGCGGCCAUGUGUUGGACGCGGAAACGUACCGGGAAGUGAUAGCGGAGAGCGAUGCGGUAGUGCACACGCCGGGUAUACUGCUCGAAUCUGACUACAAGGGGGGAGUUAUGGGUGCACUGAAUGCACUGUGGCACUCGCACCAGCCCCCAAACCCGCUAAGUGGGGGACAGUACGAGCGGGUGAAUAGAGACGCGGCUAUGACGGUGUCUGGAGUGUUUCAAAAGACCAGAAGCGGCUCAUCUGUAGAUAACCCGUUCGUUUAUGUCUCGGCAGCUGAUGUAUUCAGACCGCUGAUACCGGCACGGUACAUUUCAACUAAGAGGGAGGCGGAGGAGUGGAUUGCUGGACUGGACGGUGUUAGAGCGGUGAGCCUCAGGCCGGGACUCAUGUACCAUCCUCACACUAGACCGCUGUCGACCAUUCCAGCGACGCUGAUUGAUGGACUCAAUCAUCUGACUAGGUGCGGCGAGGCGAAUGCAAAGAGCAUCCAACACACGCAGCACAUGCACUCAUCACAAUCAUCACAAUCAUCACAAUCCUCACAAUCCUCAUACAGCAUUCUCAACUUGCUCCACACAAAUGCUCUGCAUAUCGACACAGUCGCAAACGGGGCACUCGAAGCUAUCGCAGACAGCAGCGUGAGGGGGGCGCUGAGUGUGGAGGCCAUCAAAGCGCUAGCCUGGAAGAAUUGA